AUGUUGAUGUCCAAUAAACAACGCGCAGAAGGGUCUCGUCGCUUUCGCACGGAGUUUCUGCAGGAGUUGCCCACGCCCGGCACGGGACCCUACUUCGACACGUCGGUGCCCAACAACCUCACGGGGCUGGUGGGCAAGACGGCCUACCUCAACUGCCGCGUCAAGAACCUCGGCAACCGCACGAGUUAA